AUGACAUCAAAAACAUCGGGAGCCCUGGAAGACAUGGCCUAUAAACAAAGCAAUAAACAUGAACCCCCAGAUUUCACCAUAAAAUGUAAAGGACAUUCAUUUCUCGUCCAUAAAGAUGUUUUUGCCCCUCAGUCUAAACCAUUGGGUGCGGCGAUGGACACUGAAAAAUUCUUGGAAGGAACAAAAAGAGAAAUGAUACUGAGCGACGAAAACGACGACCCGGAAAUCGUAGCAUUAAUGGUCCAGUUUCUUUACAGUGGAGAGUACACUAUUUCUUUUCCCUCUAAUACUUCCUCCUCGGCACGCUCCUCAUCAGACGAAGCGAUUAGAUGCAUUCGCCAUGUAGCGCUGCACAUCUUCUCUGAUCUCUGGUACAUCCCCUCUUUACAAGUCUUCACUCUCUUGAAUCUUCAAACCACCCUUUCCCAUCUUCCUUUAUCAUAUUUUGCAUCGGUAUUGCGAUAUAUCUAUGAAGAAACACCGGGAUCAUACACGCGUGUUAGACAGGUAGCUGUAAAGGCUUUGAUGGAAAGAUUCACAGUUGGAGAAAUCAUGAAGGUUAAGGAGUUGAGAGAGCUGUUGAGUGCGGAUGGAGAAUGCGCGGUGGAUUUGUUGGUUUGGGGAGAGGAGAGGAGAGUCAAGAGGGAGAGGAGAGUGGGGAGAGAUUGGGAGCAGAGUGCGGUUAGGGGAAGAAGGGUGUGUGAGGAGAGUAUGGGAAUGAAGGGGGAUAUAUUGGGGGAGACCACAGGAUGGGCUGAUAAUACUGGUGCGAGGUUCUGA